AACCACUUAUAUUGCUCCAAAUUUCUUUAGCUUGUUGAGAAUGCAAAGUUUUCUUGUUGUUUUCCUUUUCAUUUGCUCGUUUGUGUUACUAGUCAAAUCAAUGAGAUCUACUUUGAGUGAUGAUGUUGUGGGGCUGCUUGUGUUUAAAGCUAGUCUUGAAGAUCCUCAUGGUAAGUUAAGUUCUUGGAAUGACGACGAUGAUGAUAGUUCUUGUUGUACAUGGACUGGAGUAAAAUGCAACCCCAAAUCCAAUAGAGUGUCUGAGCUUGUUCUUGACAGCUUUGGCCUUUCGGGGAAACUAAGCAGAGGCCUCCUUAAAUUGCGCUCUCUACGAAAGCUCUCUCUUGCUAACAACAAUCUCACCGGAGGCUUAAAUUUUAAUUUGUCUCAGCUGCCCCAUCUCAAAUUUCUCAACUUGAGUGAAAAUCGAUUAUCUGGGUCAGUUCCAAGCGAUUUCUUUACUCCAUGUGGGUCCUUAACAUCCAUUUCUCUGGCUAAGAACAAUUUUUCAGGCCCUUUGCCUUUGGGAAUUGGGAAUUGUCCUUUGUUGGAAACAAUUGAUUUGAGCUGGAAUAAGCUAUCCGGUGGACUUCCGAGCACAAUGCAAAACCUUUCCUCGUGCAGUAAUCUAAUUUUAGGUGGAAAUGGAUUUGAAUCGAGCGUGCCUCAAUGGAUUGGUGAAAUGAGAAGCCUCAAGAUCCUCGAUCUUUCUAAGAAUAGCUUUACUGGCCAACUUCCGGAUUCUUUAGCAAAGCUUCAGUCAUUGAAGAUUCUAAAUGUGUCCAAAAAUGCACUUUCUGGUAAUCUUCCUUCUUGGGUGUUCAGACUUGGUUUGGAGCAAGUUCUGUUUUCAAACAACAGAUUCAGUGGGAGACUUGAGAAUGUUUUCGAUUUAUCCAUCGAGAACUCCAGGAAAAAAGUUGCGAUUUUGGAUUUGUCCCAAAAUCAAUUCUUUGAUAUCAUUCCAGCUGCAGUUGGGGAUUUUAUCAACUUGAAAGUAUUAAAUAUGGCUAGGAACAUAUUACUGGGCAGCAUCCCAGUAAGCAUUGGUCAGUUAAAACUUUUAAGUGUUUUAGAUUUGAGUGAGAAUCAGUUAAAUGGCAGCAUUCCUUCAGAGAUUGGACAGCUUGAAUCUCUUAAAUCCUUGUAUCUCGAUCACAACCAAAUAACCGGCCAUAUCCCUCUCUCCCUCUCGAACCUCACUCGCCUCGAAAAAAUCGAUCUUUCCUUCAACAAACUCUCCGGAAGCCUACCCAACCAGCUUUCGAACCUUAUACACCUCCACUCGUUUAACAUCUCACACAACAAUCUCCAAGGCAAACUCCCGUCCGGCAGCUUCUUCAACACCAUUCCCAUAUCCUCCAUUUCCGGCAAUCCUUCCCUCUGUGCGGGCCCCACCAAUUCAUCCUGCUCGGCAGUCCUCCCCAAGCCAAUCGUGCUCAACCCCAACUCCACAUUUACCCCUCCAAACCCCAUUGGUUCAAAUUCAUUUUCCCACGGUAAAAAAGUCUUAACUGUCUCGGCCCUGAUCGCCAUCUGUGCUGCCGGCGCAAUUUUUGUGGGCGUGAUUUUCGUGACGGUUCUCAACAUAAGGGUGCGAUCCUCCGCUCUUCGCCUACCUGUCGUCUCGUUCUCCUCGUCCUCCUCGAGUGAAGACAAUAACAAUUGCGGCAGUCUUGGCUCGUCCGGUCGAGAUUCCGGGAAGCUCGUUUUGUUCUCCGGCGCCAGCCAUGACUUUGGAAACCUUACUUCUUCCGGUGGGGCCCGCAGCCUUCUCGGCAAAGACUGCGAGAUCGGACGAGGCGGGUUCGGGCCGGUUUACCGGGCCUCGCUUGGAGACGGGCGGCCCGUUGCUGUUCGGAGGCUGGCUUUCUCGGGGCCCGUUGGGCCACGGGAAGAUUUCGAGAAGCUGGCAAGGAAGCUCGGAAAGGCCCGCCACGUCAACCUAUUGGGCCUUGUUGGAUACUAUUGGGCCCCUUCUCUGCAGCUCCUAAUUUACGAAUUUGCCCCUGGGGGAAGCUUGCAUGGGCGCCUGCAUGAGUGUUCGGACGAAAACUGCCUGUCGUGGGACGAGCGGUUUGAUGUUAUUCUAGGAACUGCUCGCGGGCUGGCCCGUUUGCACGAGAUGAAUGUGAUACAUUAUAAUUUGAAGUCGAGCAAUGUGUUGAUUGGUGAAUCGGGCCAGCCCAAAGUUGCGGACUUUGGGCUUGCCCAGUUUGUGAUGCGAGAGCACUACAAUGUGAAGUCGAGUGCGGUCGGGUAUGUGGCGCCGGAGGUCUCGUGUGAGACGGUUAUAUUAACCGAGAAAUGUGAUGUUUAUGGGUUUGGUGUGUUGGUUCUUGAAGUGGUUAUGGGCCGGAGGCCCGUGGAGUACACGGAGGACGAUGUGGUGGUGCUUUGUGAGAUGGUGAGGGGGGCAAUAUUGGAAGAAGGGAAAGUUGAGGAAUGUGUCGAUUUUAGGUUACGAGGCGAGUUUCGAUUGGAUGAGGUGUUACGAGUCGUGAAAUUGGGGUUGAUUUGUACUUCUCAAGUGCCCUCAAGUCGACCGGGUAUGGAUGAAGUGGUUCGGGUUUUGGAGCUCGUUAGGCGUCGUGAGGGAAUGGAUGAGUCAGACGGGUUGUCGUCUGACGAGCAUUGACGUGAGACGAGAGGUUCGGUUAGAAAGUGUAGUUUUUGGAUUUUUUUUUUACUGUUUGAAAAUUUGUGAUCCAAAGUAGUUCUCUGAGUUCUCUGUAGUUUGUGUUGUUCAGGUUUGAACUUUGUUUAUUGUUUUAUUUUCAGCUGAUUUGAGUUUUGCUUGAUCCAUUAUGUUUACUGCUG